AUGGACCUUAAAAACGGAUUCAGAGCGUUGAAAAACGUCAGGAUGGGUAUACCUGGAAAAAGUCAACGACCGUUCAAUGGCCAGUCAACGCCGGUCAACGGUCAACGAGCUAACACUGGUGAGAAGGUAGAUGGAAAGCUUCGAUAUGCAAUUAAUGGAGUGUCCUUUGUGGAGUCAGCCACUCCUUUGAAACUUGCGGAAUACUACGGAGUUGCAGACAAGGUUUUCAAGUAUAAUAAUAUUCUAGAUGAGCCACCAGCUGAGAUCUCAAAAGUAGCUCUAGAACCUAUUGUCCUCAACAUGACACAUAAAAGCUUUGUGGAAAUUAUAUUCCAGAAUCGUGAAAUGGCCAUUCAAUCUUGGCAUGUCGAUGGCUAUGCAUUCAUCGAUGUGGCCGUAGAGAUAGGAAAAUGGAGUUCAGAAAAGAGGAUGAACUAUAAUCUUCUAAAAGCGGUGAGCAGGCACACCAUUCAGGUAUUCCCACAUUCAUGGGUUGUUGUCCUUGUCUCUCUCGACAACUGCAGAAUGUGGAACAUAAGGUCCGAGAAAUGGGACAUGCAUUACCUUGGACAACAGCUUUACAUUAGUCUUCUUUCCCCUAAAUGUUCCAUGAGGGACGAAUACAACUUGCCUGACGACGUAAUGACUUGCAGCGUCGUGGAAGGCAUGCCAAGGCCUCCUCCAUUUGGUAGUUAA